GCGUCUGAUUUACACUGACUAAAGCAAAAAUGAAUUCCAUCGAACAAUUUAUUUGGAGCGAAACCUUUUGGUUUCCAGAAGGGUAUACAUGGAAGGAUAUGGAAAAUGUACCUGGAAGCAAUAUCUACCUUCCAAAUAGAAACGAUAUGUUAUGGUCAAUACCACUUGGAAUUAUACUAUGGGGCGUGAGAUAUAUUUUUGAACAGUAUUUAAUGACACCUAUUGGUUACUGGUGUGGUGUUAAGAAACAAAAUUCUGCUGACCAUCUUAAGCCUAAUGCAGUUCUUGAAAAUUACUUUCAGAAAAAUGGAAUAACUUCAAAUAAUAAUCUAGAGUCGAUCUCAAAGCAGACAGAUAUGACAGUACGUGAAGUAGAAAGAUGGUUGCGGAACAGAAAGGCAAAGUCUGUUAUAAAAGAUAUCACUAAAUUCAGGGAGUGUGGAUGGCAUUUUACAUUCUACCUUGGAAUAUUUAUAUAUGGCCUUGUUGUGUUAUGGAAUAAAAAAUGGUUUUGGGAAACAAAGUAUUGCUGGAAGGGAUGGCCAACAUUGGAUGUCCCACGAGAAAUUUACUGGUACUAUAUGGUGGAGCUUUCUUUCUACUGGUGUUUGGUUUUUUCCAUGUUGACUGAACAUAAGCGAAAGGACUUCAAUCAGAUGAUUGUUCACCAUAUUGCCACUAUAUUACUGAUGUCUUUUUCAUGGGCUACAAACUUUGUCCGAAUAGGUUGUAUAGUACUGCUUACCCAUGAUGCUGCUGACUUCCCAAUGGCGGCUGCUAAAAUGAUGAAAUACAGUGGCCAUAAGAAAGCAUGUGAAUUCUUUCUUGGGGUAUUUAUCGUUGUUUGGGUACUGUCGAGGCUUAUUUACUACCCUGUAGUAGUGUUAUAUUCGACAAGUGUUGAGGUAAAUGAUCAUCUCACACCGUUUCCUUGUUAUUAUUUCUUCAAUGGGCUCCUUAUAGUAUUACAGAUACUUCAUGUUAUCUGGAGUGUAAUGAUAGCCCGUAUUGCUUUCCAGAAGGUUUACAAUGAUAAGCUAGGAGACGUGCGAAGUGACUCUGAAGAGGAUAGUGACUAAGUUAGUGGCGAUGACGAUACAGACGAUGAGGAGGGGGGCAAAGAUAACUGCAAAUAGAGGGUAAAAGAAACCGAAUUUUACCGAACUCUGAAAAUUGAAGCAAAUAUUUUUUCAUUUGUAUAUGCAAAGAAAAAAAUUUUACAAGUGGUAUUCCAUCACUAUAAGUGUGUGAUCAAUGUGUGAUGUUGAUUGUGUAAUUGUAAUUUAAAGGUAAACAACAACAACAAAAAAAGAGAAGAAUUUAAUCUUCGUAUUAAUAGAAUCUCAAUUGUUUGAUCUUGUCCAAGCUGGUGUAUUGUAAUGUAGCAUUCAGUUUGUACCAAUUCUUGUAUUUUGUGAGCUGGAAUCUGAUUUUUCGAGGCCAGCAUCACAUAUACAGAAUGAAAUGUUAGCUUUACAUGAUAUCUUAAGGAAAUUAGAACAAGUACGUGUGUUUGCUUUUGUAAAACCAGUAUUCAUGUAAAUAUGUUUUGAACAAUUUUACUCAAGGAUGUCCUUGUUUAUCAACCAUUGUUCUUUGAUUUUUUUAAGUAAUUUUGCAUCUCCUGAUUAAAUUUUUCUGUAAUUCUUUCUUUAAAUCGAAAGGUAAGAUACCGUACAUGAAGGUUAUUCUUUACUUUUUUAACAUGUGCAUGUU